AUGCCGACCAGAAAAGUCGUCUUUCCCUCGUCCAUCACCAGCACCAAAAGGACCAUCGAGAAGAAGAAGCAGCAGCAGCAGAAAAAGCAAAACAUGGCUAUACCCGCCCUCUUCGCCACGCAGCCGCCGCUCCUCGACCAGCUGCAGACAGACACCUCCCGCUCCCAGGCAGAAGUAGUCGGCAGAUGCGUUCCCUUUCUGCGCGGCGAGGAGACCGGCUUGCCCCUCAACGGCCAUGGUGUCCAGUCGCUGGCCAGAGAGCUGCAUGUAGAGUACCUGCUGGAUGCGCUGGGGGAGUACCCGGGGCGCUUUGUCGGGCUGGACGCGAGCAGGCCGUGGAUGGUCUACUGGGCGCUGACGGGGCUGGCCUUGCUGGGAGAGGACGUCAGUGGUUUUAGACGGAGGCUGGUUGCUACUGCGGCGCCGAUGCAGAGUGGCUCAGGGGGGUUUGGCGGCGGACAUGGACAGACGGCGCAUUGUGCCUCCUCGUAUGCCAUUACCCUCAGCCUGGCCAUGGUGGGUGGACAGGAGGCGUUUACCUUGAUCGAUAGACUUGCAUGUUGGAGAUGGCUGGGUCAGCUCAAGCAGGCGGACGGCGGGUUUCAAGUCAGCGUUGGAGGCGAGCAGGAUGUCCGAGGAGCGUACUGCGCUAUGGUAAUGAUUGCCCUGCUGGAUCUCCCACUGGAGUUGCCACUCGAUGCUCCGGCGCGCAAGGCGGGACUCUCCCUCUUCACCAGCGGCCUGCCAGAGUACCUCGCUAGAUGCCAAACGUAUGAAGGAGGGUUCUCAGGGAGUCCCGGAACAGAGGCCCAUGGUGCAUACACCUACUGCGCCGUCGCAUGUCUCUGCAUCAUGGGCCACCCUCGGACUAUGCUCAGACACGUCGAUUCGCAUCAUACAUGUUACACCCUCGCUGGCCUCAGUAGUGUCCAGCACAAACAUGUCAACACCACCAAUGCAAGCAGUGGCUCACUCGAAGCAGCGUUCGGAUGGAUGUCUUCUCCCCUCUCGAUCAACAACGAUGCUGCUGCUGCUGACACGGUGUAUGAAGCUAGAGACCGGCUGGCGGCACUGCACCCUCUUUUCGUCAUUCCGCAUGCUGCCGUCGACGCCAUUCAUUCAUGGUGCAGAGCCAAUCCCAUCUCCAUCUAAAUCUCUUUCCCCUAUUCUUCCUUAUGACUGCCUACACUAGUAGAUGCAGUGCAUGCAACUUCUUUGUCUGGAGAGCCGUCCUAGCUAAGCAUGCCAGACGGAUUCAGCUCUCCGCUUGUUUGGUGCAUGCCUCUUCCUGCAUUAAAUAUUCUCGAUGGUUAUGCAUGUCUGGAUGUAAUCCAUGCUCGAUAUAUGUAUGUCUGUAUGUACGCGCCCUGCUCAGUCCACCCUUGCUUGAAUUCUUCAGUGGCAAUCCAUCUUCUUCUUCUUCUUCUU